GCCCAGAUGGCCGCGUGAUUUGCAUCGAUUUGGGCUGUUUUUGGCCCCGCAGCGUCUCUCGACUCUUCAAUCGCCAGCAACUUCGCAUUAACUCAGCCCAAUCACUUUGAUCCAUCUAACCUCGAUCGAGUACGAGGACAACCGCAGCGGUUAACCACCACCUCCUUUAUUCUUUUACGGGUUCAAUCUCUAGCAAUGGGUAAAGACAAGCGCUCCAAGGUGCCUGCCCCGCCUCCGACUACAACUCCGGUCGCUACAGCAGCAACACCCUCCUGGCCGCCAUUCAAACCCUCGCUUCCCAUUGUCGAUCUUACGCUUGAGUCCCUCGUCAAAGAUAAAGUCGUGGUGCUUAGAUCCUUCUUCCCGCGCUCCCUCUGCAGAGACUACGUCUCCUUUCUUCGGGAGCUGCCGCUCAUCACCACCCCCGGCAAACCCAAGCGUGGCGACGCCGUGAGGGUCAAUGACCGCUAUCAGAUUGACGAUGCCAAGUUCGCUCAUCGGUUAUGGACCGAGACGGGGUUAAAGGACGCGCUUGCAGGCAAGGAUGUGGCUCACUUGUGGGGCGGGGAUGUCGUCGGGCUCAACCCCAACAUCAGAGUCUACCGCUACACCGCAGGACAGUUCUUUGACGCUCACUACGAUGACUCCAACACCGUCGCCCUCAAAACCGAAACUGGUGGGUCUCUCCCAGCUCGAACAACCUGGACGCUCCUGCUCUACCUAACCUCCUCCGCCGAUGGCUGCACCGGCGGCGAGACAGUCUUCUACCCACACGACCGACGCUCCGCCAAGGAAGAGAUCGCUGUAACCCUCGAGACAGGCAUGUUACUGCUACACAAGCACGGGCACGACUGCAUGCUGCACGAAGGGAGGGAGGUAACCGCCGGGGAGAAGUGGGUUAUCCGAACAGAUUUGUGUAUCAAGAGGUGAAAUGGAAGAGGUUAAGCAUAGGUGAGCGUGGUAUGAGUCUCAGAGCAGGUGGUCACCGGAAAGGGACGAGUGCAAUCAGCAGACAGGCACGACGCCGUCAGCAUGGUCA